UUGUCUGGUUCGCUUUCCCCCGCGGUCGCUGAUUGGCUCGGCCGGACGUCGUUCACCCCCCGCACCCGCCUCCUGAACGGCCCCUUCCCCUCCCCCCGCCGCAUCCAGGCUGCGGGCUGGCGGCGCGGGGCCGGCCGGGUGCAUGGGGCAGGCGAGCCCGCUGCCUGGCUGGCGUUGCAGGGAGCCCGGCGGCGAGCGCCCAGCCCGGCACGAUGAUGAAGUUUCGGUUCCGGAGGCAGGGGCACGACCCCCAGCGGGAGAAGCUCAAGCUGGAUCUCUUCGCCUUCAACAAGACCGUGGAACAUGGGUUCCCCAACCAGCCGAGCUCUCUGGCCUACGACCCCAAGCUGCGAAUUAUGGCCGUUGGCACCAAAUCGGGAGCUGUGAAAGUAUACGGCGCUCCAGGAGUGGAGUUCACUGGCUUGCACAAGGAGACUGCUGCCGUCACACAGAUACACUUUUUGCCUGGACAGGGUCGGCUGCUGUCCUUGCUGGAUGACAACACCCUGCACCUGUGGGACAUCGACCAGAAGGAUGGCUAUUCGCGCUUGGAGGAGACCCGCAGCUUCAUCCUCCCGGGCCGACCAGGAUUCGACAGCACGAACUCUCCUCCCAGCAUUACCCGGGUGACGGUGAUCCUGCUGAAAUCUGCCUGCGAUGUGGCCUGCCUGGGCACAGAAGGGGGUGGCGUGUACUUCCUGGAGCUCUCUGGCUUAACGCUGCUGGAGGAUAAAACCCUGUAUCAAGAGGAGAUCAUGCAGAGCGUGCCAGACGACUACCGCUGCGGGAAGGCUCUUGGGCCAGUGGAGUCGUUGCAGGAACACCCUCAAGACUUCUCCAAGAUCCUGAUUGGCUAUAGCAGGGGGCUGGUGAUCGUGUGGGACCAGAGCACCAGAAACGUCCACCACCUCUUCCUGGGCAAUCAGCAGCUGGAGAGCCUUGCCUGGGAACGGAGCGGCAGGACGGUGGUGAGUUCGCACAGAACAGAACGACCGCGUUAA